UAUAUAUGAGGAGUGAAGGACCGCUGGUGUCAGUUCUGCUUCCUCGGCUGUUUGAUCCCAUCACAUCAUCAUGAAGGUGCCUGGUAUUCAGAUAGUAACAGUGUUGCUGCUGCUGCUGAUAAGUGUGAGAGUACAUGGAAAACCACAGAACCUGGGGAUACAAGUGAACAACCAGGCGCUGCUCACCCUGGGGGUGGGUCUUCUGGCCACUGGGGUUGGAUUCCACCUGGGUCGCCAACUUGCCAUCAGGGAACAGAAUAAAUAUAAUAACCCAAACUACAUCAGAUAUCAACAACCAUUCUAUGGGUUCCGCCGUCGCCGUCAAGCUCAUUCUGAGAACGAACUGGAGCCUCUGAUGGAGCAGCUCUUCCAAAAGGUGCUGCAGGAGGAUGUGGCAAGGUGCAGUCUACAGCUAACUUGUGUUGUGGGCAGCAUACCUCCUUCCAGCCUCAUGGGCUAUGCCAAAAAUCUUUAUAUCAUUCUCAGCAGCUUGGUACCUGGAAGGACUGUGGAUACCACCAAGGAGUGGAGUGGUCUAAAGGCUUUCCAGGUGGCACUGAAGAAAGGUCGUGAUGGUGGUGAUUGUCACCAGCUCUUUCCCCACUGCCAAACUUCUUCUACCCAACUCCUUCAGCAGUUUCAGAAUACAAAAAUCGUCCACGGUGUGUGAAGAACACAUCCAUUAAUCACAUGCCUGAUGGCAGCAGUUAUAUAUCUUAUUUUCCAAAAGGUUUCUCAAAUAUGAUCUUCUACCAUUAAAAGAAAUAUGUACAGGCAGGCCCUGUUUAUACAGCAGGUUAGGUUCUGGGCUACCGCUGUAAUCAAAAAUUGCUGUUAAGUGAAACUUAGCCUUUUUAUCACUUUCAAAUGCAUAUAAAAGCCUGAUAACAUGUUUAUGUUAUCAUAUACAGUGGACCCCCGCUUAACGAUCACCUCCAAAUGCGACCAAUUAUGUAAGUGUAUUUAUGUAAGUGCGUUUGUACGUGUAUGUUUGGGGGUCUGAAAUGGACUAAUCUACUUCACAAUAUUCCUUAUGGGGAAAAAUUCGGUCAGUACUGGCACCUGAACAUACUACUGGAAUGAAAAAAGUUCGUUAAGCGGGGGUCCACUGUAUUAAGUGAGCACUAGAGCUAGGCCUAAAAAAUGCAUAUACAGUAACUCAUUACUUAAUUUAAAAUAUUUUUGUUCUUAACUUGUAGUGAGUGAUGAAUACAUUUAGUCUCAAUUAAUGAAGAAUGGGCAUAUUUGAAAACUGUUAUACUGUACUGUAUUAGUGAAAUGCCAUAAAGCUAAGUGCUGUAAAGCGGGUCCCUCCUGUAGUCCUCAUCUCUCUUUAAGGCCUCGUGAAGUAAUGUAACUAGUGGUGUACCACAAUCAAUGAUCAGUGAUUGCUCUAAUAAUAUUUCCAAUAUAUAUAAAUGACUUGCCAAAAGGAAUUUAGAACUAAACCUACAUAAACAUUUUGCAGAUGCAAAAGUCUUACGCAGACUAAGCAGUAAAAAUAAUUGAGUAUUUCUAUAAGACCUGGAUAGAUUAAGCAAGACACUGGUGCUUUGUGUUAGAAAUGAAAACAAGCCUUACAGAAUGUAACUGAUGCAAUCAAAUGAUAAAGGCAUUAAACAAAGAAAGGGACCUAAGAGCCACUGUUAAUAACACUAUCACUGAAAAAUCCCCAGAUGAAAUAGAAACUUCCAUACAAAAGUAGCUAAAUUUAAAGCAGCCUUCAGAUAUACUACUUUAUAGAUGGGAAAACACUGGUAAGCUGUUCACAGCAUACAUUAGACCAGAAUUUGAAUAUGCAGGUGUGAUAUUGUGCCCAUGGCUUCUUUAAGAAAUGUGAACAAGCUAAAAAAAAAUUCAAAGGUGAGCUACAAAAUGGCUCUGAGCUAAAAAAUAUACGAGCUUGAGAAAAGGUUAAAGAAACUGGAUGUGCCAUCUUUGACUGAUAGGAGGAAAUGUAAUAUCCACAUUCAAGAUUGUAAGAGGAUACAAAAGAAUAGACAAGAGACUUCUUAAUACUGUUGUAACUAUAAGCUACCAUAAGGAAGAAGAGCUGCCAAAAGGGUAGCAUAUAUUGCUUGAAAUGUUUUCUUUGCAGAAUGAUAGAACAAAGGAAAAGUUAACAAGAGGUAGUGAGUGCUACAACCAUUGGAAAUUUUUAUAAUAUACUAAAUGCUGAAGAUGAAGCACCACAAGCAUAGCUCUGCUCCAGUAGUUACAAAUAAGUGAUCACAUUAACAUUUUAAAGGGUAACAAGUAGCGUUGUGUCACCAGCUAAAAAUGCUACUUUAUAAGCAUAAAGCAUAAUUUGCAGUGAAAUUUCUUAGUACAUGUACUUAUUAUGCUUAUUUUCCACUUACUAAUUAAUUUCGAUGUGAGUUACAAAUUUCCAAAAUACCAAAGAUAACAGAGUAUAUUUAGUGUCAAUGAUAUAUGUGUGUAUUAGUAAUAUUUUAAUAAAUUUGACUUAAAACUGGAAGCCUUUAUCAACCUAACUGUACAGUGACAGAGAUCUAGAAAGUAAUAAUGAAGGUGAAAUGAGGUGAAGACUGAAUAUUUUGUGGUCAACACUGAUUGCAUCUGAACAUUUUCGAUAACCAGAGACUCACUCUUGGAAAAUAUGAUUUUCAGAAAGAAUUCAUAUCAGCCAUUUUAGCAGUUUAAUAUUGUAUGUAUUGUAUGACAGCUUUAGAGUAAAACAUUUUAUAUGUAUGAUAUUCACUGAAAGAUGCUCUAGAAAUGUUUUAAAAUGCUAUACAUAUAUGUUUAAUUUUUCUUUUAAUGGCAUAAUGUAUUAUUAAAACCUGUAAUUCAAGUUCAAAAUGGCCAUAAUGAUAUGACGUAAAAUACUAGCAUUAUGGCCAAGAAAUUCUUAACUUAUAAAAAUUUCUCCAGCUAAGCACUUGACCAUCUAGAUACUCUCUCCAGGUAUACAUAACAGCCAAUUAAGACCCAGGUAUCUACCGCUAAGUGAAUAGGGGCAGCAGGCAUUAACAGAUUUGUCCACAUCUCUUCAUGCUUGGAAUUCUAAUCAGGGAUUUUUUCACUUUUGAGCUACCUACACCAACCACUGUGCUACAUUCAACUAUAUCACUCUUUUUCAUUAUUGAAAAAAGAACAAUUUAAAUGCUAAUGGUUUAUAUUUAAGUAGAGCAAAAAUGUUUUUGUCAUUGCAAUUAAUUUUAAACAUCAAAAAGCUGAAUAAAGAAUAGUAAAAAC